AUGCUCACGUCCACCUACUACGACCUGUUCGAGCUCACGCUGAAGUUCCCGAAAGCCACGCUCGGCGACGCCAUCAAGGUCGCCGAGAUCGAGCUGUACCUGGGGCUGUCGCGCGGACUCGCCAGCUCGCCGCUCAGCUACUAUAUAGACGGCGAACUGCUGUGCUUCCCUGAGCAGCAGGAAUGGAAGCAGAAAUGGUCCAAAAUCAUCCAGAAAGACGUCUCGCAAAUGCUCACCUCUGCGUACAAUUUCGCGCACAUCAUGCUGGCCCGGAAACUCACGCUCAACCGGUUCCUGCUGCUGUCCAACAACCUCGUCAAGGGCUCGCCGUCGUUUCAGCUCAACCUCGUGGUGUACGCGUGCAUCACUCUGUGCGACUAUCUCGACACAAUGGGCGCCGACGAGCGCCGGAUGUCGCUGAAUCUAAUUUCCAAGAUUUACUGGCAUCUCAACAAGGUGGGCGAGAAAAUGAACGACGCCACAGACACCAUCGCCAAGAUCGUGCGCAAGCUCGUCGACAUCGCCAACGAGACGCACUCGCAGACCCCGAAAGCGCGGAACUCGUCCCAGAAUAGCGAGACGCUGUCGGUGGCCGAUCUGCCCCAGCAGGUGGCCGAACAGCUUUACAGCCCGGCCGAGUCGUACGCUCUGUCCAGCCACGCAGAGCUGCGGCUGCCCGACGUGGCCGCCUUCGACAACUUUGAGGACUUUUUCAAGGACCUUUUCGACACAUAG